AUGAUCGCCAGCACUCAGCAAAACAUGCCCUCUGACAUGAAUGGUGUGGCUUACCAUGGUCCUCCACGUAACUGGAGAGGCAUUGGGAUAGCUUUGAUGGUGAUCCUGAUGAUCAUUUCACUGGUCAUCCUGUCUGUCAUCAUGCUCACUCCUGAUGAUUCUCUUCUUCUCCAGCGCUCCCGUCUUACUCUGGAGGACCUGGACAAAGACCAUUUCAAAGUUCAUGACGCCCAUGUGACCUGGCUCAACGAUGAUGAGGUGGCCUUUCGCACCAGGGAAGGGCACAUCCUGAAACACAGCCUGAGUGAGAACCUCACCAUCGCUCUGCUGGGUGGCAGCAUCCUAGUGUUCUCAAAAUCAUUUUCAGCUUCCUAUGUCAUUUACAGUGUGGGGACAGGGGAAUUUCUUGAGCUAAACCCACACAGAGUGGAGCCAUCUGCUCUUCAAUAUGCCGCAUGGGGUCCCCAUGGAAAUCAUUUGAUCUACAUCUUUCAGAAUAACCUCUACUACCAGCCCGGUGUGUACAGUGGUCCUGUGCGUCUCAGCACUACAGGCAGUGGGUCUGUUAUCAACGGGCUGUCAGACUGGACAUAUGAGGAAGAGAUCCUCCAGACGUACCCUGCCUACUGGUGGUCUGGAGACGGGGUACGGCUGGCGUACCUGUCCAUCAAUAACACACACACACCCUAUGUGGAGAUCCCUCGUUUUACUGGAGGGCCAUACCCCACAGGAGCCUACUAUCCAUACCCUAAGGCAGGAGAUAAUAUCCCUGCAGUUACUCUUUACGUGGUGAACGUCUUCAGCCCUGCUCACACUCUGAGGAUGACUGCUCCAGUCUCACUCAAAAACAGAGGUCAUUACAUCUCCAUGGUGAAAUGGACCAGUGGGACCAGGCUGGCUGUGCGUUGGUUGAACCGGGUCCAGAACCAGUCUGUUCUCUCUGUGUGCGAGGCCACCACUGGAGUCUGCUCACAGGAGGCGCCCCUCUUCUCUAGAGACGGCUCCAUGUUCUAUGUCACUCUGCCUGCGGCACAAGGGGGUCAUGGAGAGUAUCGACACAUAGCUGUCCUCCCUACUCAGCCUUUGACUACCCCAAUGUCUCCACGAUUCCUGACAUCAGGCCACUGGGAUGUGAUGUCACUCUGUGGCCUGGAUGAAGACGCAGAGAAAAUAUACUUCAUCAGCACAGAGGCAUCCAAACACAGCAGACAUCUUUACAGACACUGUCUUACCUGCACACUCUCAGAGACCUGCCGCUUCUACAAGCCACAGUUCAACCCCAGCCUCACUCGCGUUAUCCUCCACUGCUUGGGGUACAAGGUUCUGGAAGACAACAAGCCUCUGUCUGAGGCCCUGAAGGGCAAACGGCUCCCCAUCACACACUACAGCACCAUUACAGCUGACCACUAUGAUAUGCAUCUAAAGCUGGGUCUACCACAGGGGUAUGAAGAAGGCCUACAUCCUCUCCUCAUCAUCGUGGAUGGAGCCCCUGACACUCAGGCAGUCACAGACCGUUUCUCUCUGGGCUGGCCCCAGGUCCUCUCCAGUAUCCACAGUGUAGCUCUGGCCUGGGUGGACGGCAAAAGUGGGGCGGCACACGGCCUGAGGUCACCUAACCUUGACCCCAGGAAACUCAGCUACCAGAGAGUCAAAGACCUGCUGAGCAUUGUGGGUGUCGAAAUCCUCUUUCUUGUGCUUUUUGAGGUGGAAAGACCCCAAUGUAUUCUUUGCUACAGGUGGUUGUUGGAGUUGCCGUACAUUGAUAACAGAAGAAUUGCGCUGUAUGGAAAGGCAUUUGGUGGACUUCUGACACUGAAGAUGAUGGCAGCAGCCAACAUAUUUAAAUGUGCUGCAGUGAUGGCUCCAAUCACAGACUUCAAAAUCUACAAUGCUGCUUUCUCUGAGAGACACCUGGGUCUUCCAGCCACUCAGGAGAGCUUCUACAAGGAUGCCUCUUUGCUGGAUGAUGUGGUCAAUCUGAGGGACAAGAACUUCCUCCUUUUACAUGGAACCGCAGAUGCACAUGUCCACUUCCAGCACACUGCCGAGCUCAUAGACCGUCUGGUGUCAGCAAAGGCCAACUACUCUCUGCAGAUUUACCCUGACGAGGGCCACGUUUUGAGACGGAGCCACAGUGAUCAGCACUUCCGGCGCACCCUAACAAACUUUCUCCAGGACUGUCUGGCUCCUAUGCCCCCUCAAAAGUCUGAUGGACAGGAGGAUGACUGAGAGCUACCCUCCCAAACAUUUACAUCCAACAACAAAACACCAAAACACCAUACUUCCAUCCUUUUGACCUUGAGGAUUUUGCAUGAGGGAAAUGUGAAAAGGCAUGUAGUGUGAAGGGAAAGCAUGCUCUCAAAUGUCUCAUGUUGAGUAGAGUUUGCAUUUUUGUAUUUAAAUAGCUGACUAAACUCAACUCCAUGGUGAAGGAAAUUAAACUUCCUUGGAGUUUAGUCAUCUAGUAUUUAGCAUGACCCAUAUUGCAGAACCUGAUUAUUGCAAAAAUCCUUAAGAAUUUGUUC